AUGGAGACAAGGCACACCACUCGUAUUCACUGUGCCGUGCAUGGCCGGUGGUGCAUCCGCGGUGGACACCAGUUUGCGCACGAUAGCGUCUCUGGGCCGAAUUGGGGUUUUAGCAGCGUCGCGCGUCUUUCGUACCUGGGGCCGUGCGCUGGCCUCGUCGUUGGCGCUGGCGCUGCCGCCCUUUGCAGCCCAUGGCCUCGCUCCGUCGCAUGUCGCAGAGCAGCAGCGCAGCAGCAGCAGCGCAGCGUAGCGUAUCGUAGCGCACUGCAGCCCGUACAUCCACGCCCGACACCAACACCAACACCACCACCACCGCUGCCCUCACAACACCCACAACAACAACAAACCCCCCUCUUCCACGACCACGGCCAGCACAAAGACCACACUCCUCCGCCACCCUCGCCUCGCCUCGCGCCCGCCCCAUGUGCCCGGCGCCCACCGCCCACGGCCCUCUCGUCCUUUUUCGUGCCCCUUCUGCUGAGUGCUGGCCAAAGCCCACCCCCUCUCCUCCGCCGUGUCCACCGCCCGGACACCGCACUCGCCCUUGCAACGGGCACCCAGGCCUGUAGUCAGGAACCCACGCGUGCUGAGCCCCAAAAUAGAUCCACUCUCCCCAUUCCCUUCCUCUCUGCGCGUGAACCCUCGUCGGCCUGCAGAGGCGUCGUCCUGUCUUGUCCUUGUCUUUGUUGUUGUCUGCGCCCGCCAGCGACUCCCGCCGACGCCAGUCCCCUGUUUUGGGCGUGCAUGUGUACGUUGCAGGGCCGCCUUGCUGUCUCCCACCGCCCGACCUCGACCUCCCCUAAGGGGAAGCUGCCAGAAAGCAACGGGCCUGCAAGCGUCAGCCCAGUGCCCAAGAGCCAGGGUCACACCCUUUGUAUCCCCCCCGUCUCUCCCGGCUUCCUGCAUGGAAACCACGCCUUGCCGUUGGUGAGAUAUAUCUGA